UGACCUUAAAGUCCACAGACUCUUUGACCUUUGAUCCCAGUAGAGCACCCAGCAUGGCAUCUGCUGAGAUCUUCACCCUCUUCAGAGCAGGUCUUUUCAUCUUACCCUUCAGCUCAGAGAUCUUCUGAGACAGGUUUUCAAUCUGCAGAAAACAAGAAAAAAAAGGUAAGAAUGUCAUCUUCUCUCAGGAUUCUGGACAAACGUCUGGACUGCAAUCAGCCAGAUCUUGAACACUGCAAAAUAGAUAACUGCAUAGACAAAGGCAUGCUUGUACCGUUACGUGAUGCUCCUACUGAUCCAGAGUGGGUUCCUGAGCAGGUGGGCGUCGGGAUGGACAAACAUGGAUUCACUCCUGUUUUAAAUCUGACUUGGAGUAUAAAAGCAGACUCAGGUGUACAAGUCCUUCAAGGAUCUCAGAUUAAUAUUGUGGAUAAAAGUACAAAUCAAAGUAUGUGUGUGCAGUAUUCCUACAAUAUCAGCGGACAAAUAAAUCCAAAGAGAGGCAAACCGUGGACCUUUUCACUGGAUGGAGUGGUGGUACAUCCUGACCGUACAUAUACAGUGUCGGUUUUAAAUUUACCACAACCUUACCUUAAAGAUAAGAGGAUCCAAAAGCAUAUCACCAUCCCUGGAUGUGAUGACAAGAAACUCCAAAAAGCCCAGAUAUGUUUGGAAAAUGGGAGUCUUUGGGAGCUUCAAAUGACUAGUGAUUUGUCACUUAACUGGAGAUACAGAACGUUGUCUGUUGUCAUUGGUUUUAAUGCAGCAGAAUAUUCAGAGAAAUAUCAAGUCUCUGUAACCAGCCCUGGUGUCUUUUACUCAAAGAAUGUCUUGAAGGAAAACAGAAGAUCACUGAAUGUGACCUUUGAGUUGAGUUUGUCAGAGCUUUUGCAGUGUGAAAUUGUGAUAAAGAUUCAGCCAUUUUUUAUACAAUGCAAGAAUGAUUGCUGGUGUGCUGAAAAACACAUUGAAUACUGCUCUUAUUAUUAUAAGCCACGGACAUUAAUUGUAAAAGCAGCCAUAGGACUGAUCAUCACUGGCGGUUGCCUUGUUUAUUUCAUCUGGAGGGAAUGUCUUAAAGGUCCUGUGAAGACAUUAUUAUCUGCUGCCAAAGAAGAGCCAGAGGGCGUUCAAGUGCAAAACAGAAGAAGAGUUCUCAUCAUCUACUCCCUCGAUCACCCUUUGUACAAAAACAUUGUUCUCAAGCUUUGUGCUUUUCUGGUCAAUAAAUGUGGCACUGAGGUGGUUCUGGAUCUUCUGGACUCUACCAGACUGGGAGUGAUGGGCAGCAUCCAGUGGCUGGACUGGCACAGAGAGCAAAUAGAAAACUCUUCAAAUAAGAUUCUAAUCCUGUGCUCACAAGGAGUUCAAGCCAAAUGGAAAGCGAUGUGUGGUGGUAAACAAGUCCUACUGAGAGAAGAUGCUUGUUCAUCUAUGGGGGAUAUGCUCAUUCCAGCCCUCUGCCUCAUGGUCCCUCAUUUUGUCAGAUCUGCCUCCUUUGAAAGGUACAUAGUGGCUUACUUUGAUGAUGUUUGCUCCGAAGAAGACGUUCCCUCACCUUUCAACAUCACAGUGCGCUACAAGUUGAUGAAACAGUUCGAGGAGCUGUUCUUCAGAAUCUUGGAUACUGAAAAACAUGAACCAGGCAGACUAAAUCACAUUGAUGGACUUUCAGAAGAGGACUAUUAUCACUGUCCCUCAGGUAAAGCCUUAUGGGAGGCAAUAGAGGCUUUCCGUGCUUAUCAACUAGAGCAUCCACAGUGGUUUGAGGAGGAAUUGCUUGAAAGUUCAGAGCUAGACAUGAUAUGAUGAGAAUUCUGCUGAGCUCCAGUGAAGCAAAAACAGCCUCAAACCCUCUUACAUAUUCUGUACAUGCCUUGAUGAUCAGGAACAAAAAGACAACAGACGAUGCAAUUGACUGAGUUUAAUCAUUGAAUGUUGCAUCUAGUGACAAAAUUGAUACUAAACUGAAACAGAACCAAGUGAAUUAGUAGUUGUAUAUCAGGUAAAUGUGGAAAACUUGGAAUUAUACAGUAUUAUCUCUGUGUUAAGAUGUAAACUGGAUUAAAGAUUCAUAUUAGCUGGGAGCAAUUCCAGGUUAGUUUAGACCUCCAGAUCUGUGGUUGAUGCUUCUGGGCUGUGUAAACAUUGUGUGGGUCAAAGUUUAACCUUCUGGGCAAAGUUUCUAGCAUUUUUGUAUCUGUGGAGUAGGUAAGCACAAAAAUCUGUAUGUUUGGAUACUUUUUUUCAGCUAAUGUAAGGGUAAAUAUAAUGUUACAUGUCUUCCAAAAUAUUGUAUUGCAUGUUGUUUAAGUAUGGUUAUUGUAAAAUGAUAUCUGUUGUAGAUAAAUGCAAUGUUUUAUGUCAUUAUUAUUAAUGGCUCUAAUCCUCUGUC